GAUGUAGCUCAGCUCAACGAGAUCUUCACUCGCAACAGUGACCGCUACUUCAGUGCAAAGAGUAGUCCACCCACCACACCCACCCACCCUCCAUUCAACCACGAUGCCAAUAGUCCUGGUAGCACCACGGGCCCUGGCAGUGCAAAUAGCAGCAUUAGUACUAGUAGUAGCGGUAGUGGUAGUAGCGGUAGUGGUAGUAGCGGUAGUGGUAGUGGCGGUAGUGGUAGUGGCGGUAGUGGUAGUAGCGGUAGUGGUAGUGGCGGUAGUAGUAGUAGUAAUAUUGGCAGUGGCUGUGGAGGUGAUAGGCAGAAAGGAAAGUCCAAGGCCCCGUCGUGUGCGGGGGUGGAUGUGAAUGAUGAGGCGGAUAGGGCGUGUAUUGGGUUCUGGUCGCAGACACCCAAGUUACGCGAGAGGGGUUUGCCAGGGAAGUGCCGCGGGCUGUCUAUUGUGCAGGUCAAAAUCACCGAG